AGUUGGCGCGGCGGCAGCGGAGCGGCAGGAGGGCAGGAGCGGAGGCGCCGAGUGAGGCGCGCGGCGGGGCGCGGGCAGCGGCGGGGCCGGAGCAACAUGGCGCCGGGGGGCGGGGGCGGGCGGCGGGACGGCUGGCCGGCCCGAGGGCGCCUCCUCCUGGCUGCGCUGCUGCUGCUAUGGACGCGGGCGGCCAGCGGCCAGAGCAGCCCCCAGCAGAGCGUGAUCCUAGGCAUGAGGCUAGCGAGCUGCAACAAGUCGUGCGGGAUGAACCCGGAUGGCAUCAUCUUCGUGUCCGAGGGCAGCACGGUGAACUUGAGGCUCUAUGGCCACAGCCUGGGCGAUAUCUCCAGCAACCUGAUCUCCUUCACCGAGGUGGACGACGCCGAGGCGGUCCACAACUCCACCAACUGCCUGGAGCUCACCAAGGACUUAGUGGUCCAGCGGCUGGUCAACGUGAGCCGCGGGAACACGUCGGGGAUGCUAGUGGUGAUUACCAAGUUCCUGCGGAGGAGCGAGAACAUGAAGCUGUACGCGCUGUGCACCCGGCCCCGGGCCGACGGGCCCUGGACCAGAUGGACGGACAAGGACUCCCUGCUCUUCAUGGUGGAGGAGCAUGGGAGGUUUCUGCCGCUCUGGCUGCACAUCCUUCUCGUUAUGGUGCUGUUGGUGCUGUCGGGCAUCUUUUCUGGCCUCAACCUGGGGCUUAUGGCCCUGGACCCGAUGGAGCUGCGCAUCGUGCAGAACUGUGGAACUGAGAAGGAGAGAAAGUAUGCUCGCAAGAUAGAGCCCAUCAGGCGCAAGGGCAACUACCUGCUCUGCUCGCUGCUCCUGGGGAACGUGCUAGUCAACACCUCCCUCACCAUCCUUCUAGACAACCUCAUCGGGUCUGGCAUCAUGGCAGUGGCCUCCUCUACCAUUGGCAUUGUCAUCUUUGGGGAGAUCUUACCUCAAGCCCUGUGCUCCCGGCACGGGCUGGCUGUGGGUGCCAACACUAUUGUUCUCACCAAAGUCUUUAUGCUCCUCACUUUUCCCUUGAGUUUCCCCAUUAGCAAACUCCUGGACUUCGUCUUAGGUCAGGAGAUUCGCACUGUUUACAAUCGGGAGAAGCUGAUGGAGAUGUUGAAGGUGACAGAGCCCUAUAAUGACUUGGUGAAGGAGGAGUUAAAUAUGAUCCAGGGUGCCCUGGAACUAAGGACCAAAACUGUGGAGGAUAUCAUGACCCAGCUACACGACUGCUUCAUGAUCCGCAGUGAUGCCAUUCUGGACUUCAACACCAUGUCGGAGAUUAUGGAGAGUGGCUACACUCGCAUUCCUGUGUUUGAAGAUGAGCAAUCCAAUAUUGUAGAUAUCCUGUAUGUCAAAGACUUGGCUUUUGUUGACCCGGAUGACUGCACCCCGCUCAAGACCAUCACUCGCUUCUACAACCACCCGGUACAUUUUGUUUUUCAUGACACCAAGCUGGAUGCCAUGCUAGAGGAAUUUAAGAAGGGCAAGUCCCACCUGGCCAUCGUGCAGAAGGUGAACAAUGAGGGCGAGGGCGACCCCUUCUACGAGGUGCUGGGCCUGGUCACUCUGGAGGACGUCAUCGAGGAGAUCAUCAAGUCCGAGAUCCUCGAUGAGUCGGACAUGUACACUGAUAAUCGGACCCGGAAACGGGUGUCCGUGAAAAACAAGCGUGACUUCUCUGCCUUCAAGGACACUGACAAUGAACUCAAAGUGAAAAUCUCACCUCAGCUUCUUCUGGCUGCUCAUCGCUUCCUGGCCACAGAGGUGCCCCAGUUUAGCCCCUCUCUGAUGUCAGAGAAGAUCCUGCUCCGGCUGCUCAAGUACCCCGACGUCAUUCAGGAGCUCAGGUUCAAUGAGCACAACAGGUACUGCGUUCGCCACUACCUGUACACCCGGAACAAGCCGGCCGAUUGCUUCGUCCUCAUCCUGCAGGGGAAGGUGGAGGUAGAAGCAGGCAAGGAGAACAUGAAGUUUGAGACGGGCGCCUUCUCGUACUAUGGAACCAUGGCACUCUCCGUGGCACCCCCAGACCGGUCCCCAGCCCUCCCAACUCCACUCAGCCGCUCAGCUUCCCUCAGUUACCCGGACCGCAACACAGACUUGACAUCCACCUCCCUGGCAGGCAGCAACCAGUUUGGCAGCUGCAUUCUGGGCCAGUAUGUCUCUGACUUCAGUGUGCGGGCGCUCACGGACCUGCAGUACAUUAAGAUCACAAGGCAGCAGUACCAGAAUGGGCUGAUGGCCUCCCGCAUGGACAACAGCCCCCAGCCUACCUUCGAUGGCUGUGCCACCUGCUCAGAGAACUUUAUGGAGAGGCCUGAGCUGCCCCCGGUGGACGAGACCACGACUCUUCUCAAUGAACGCAACUCGUUGCUGCACAGAGCCUCCGAAGAGGAAACCAUCUGACAGGAGGGCCCGGGGACUCCCGCCCACCCUGCGGGGGUCUCCCCAGUGGGCCCACAUGAAGUCAGGAGCCUGUUAGGCUAGAAGGGGUGCAGGUAGAUAUCCUGCAUGACUGAGCAACCAGACAUCCCUGUCCAGGGGCUCUGGCUGCAGAUAGGGACCUCUGAACAGCUCUGACAUGAUGCCUGCCCUGCCCAGCUAGUGAGCAAAGGCUGUUGGGUUGUUGUUGGUUUUUUUUUUUUUUUUUUUUUUUUUUAAACACUGAGAGAAGUUUUAAGCUAGGCUCAUUGCUCCUCUUUUAAAAUAUCAUUUGGGGAAGGGAAGACAGGGUUAAGGAACUUUAUGUAAAAAAAAAAAAAUUUUUUUUUUCAAGAAGCCCCACAGACUUUAAAAGGGGAGGAGGGUUCUUCGCCCCGGGAAGCAAUGGCCAUAGCCUGUUUCCAGCUGAGACCUUGCAGCCUGUGUCUGUCACUCUAGGAGGCACUCUUCUGCAGCAGUGGGGGCCUGGAGCCCACAGGAGGGGCUUCCUGGGAGGAAAAUGACAUCAACUGCGGGACACACGGGCUGAGGUCAUAGAGAAGUGCCGAGCAACGCAUCAGGGAUGCGAUGACCCCGGCCUCGGAGAGGAAUACAUCUGCCUUUAACUGCCAGAUCCAGUGAUGAUCUAGACGCCUGCUCAGGGGCUCUCCUAGAGAGCUCUGGCUCUCAGCCACCCCUUUGGCCACUUUUCUCCUGGAAGGGUCCGGCUCCAAGAGUUGGGCGUGGUCUUUGGCUCUGCAGUUGCCUAUCUGCUUCCUGGCUUCACUCUUACCAAAGGUUUUCUUUCAGAGGGGAGAGCAUCACCAUUAGCAGUGACCUGUUGGGCAUUCCCUGUGGUUUCAGGCUGAGUCUGAUGACAGGAAGAUCUGUGUCAGCAGUUACUCCUACCCACUCACCUGCACAAAGAGUCAGGACUCAGCAGUCCACCCAGGAAGCUUCCUUUCCUGACUUCUCUCUCUCCUGGUCCCUCGGAGGACUGAAAGCCACCAAAGCUGGGUCGUUGCGCCCUGCCUGCAUGGCUGGCUGAGGAUCCCUGAGCUCAUUCCCACUUAAGGACCUGCUAUGCGAGGGCAGUGCUAAGCUUGGGCUCAGGCUGUUGGCACUGCAGCGCAGUCCUACCCCAGUGCCACCUGGGAAACCUGAGUAGACUCAGGCCAUGGGGGCAGAGCUGCACAUGUCUCUUGUAGGGAGGCUGGAGGACCAAGGGCCGCAUCUAUUGUUGGGAUGGAUGGAGCUGGAAUAUCAGAGCCAGGCGAGCGGGAGCACGGGCCAUCUGUGUUUAUUCAUUCACUCCUUUCCUCAGCCAGUGGAGUCCUGUCACCCCAUGUACUCUGCUGUCUGUGUGCCCAGAGAAUCCUAACUCAUAGGAUGCACCAGGGUGUCCUAUACCCCUGGCCAACCUGAGGUCUCUUCCACUCACAGAAUUUACUCCGAGAAGCCUGGUGAUGGCGGCUCUCAGUGAUAAGGGAAAAAGGCAUCAGACUUCUAGUUCCUUAGGAAACUCUUAGUUCUCUGUAGGUGCAGCAUGCUCCCAGGUCUCUAGACGAGGUGCCUAGCUGUGUUCCUGAGAGACCUAAGUGCCAGGUAGAGCAAAACCAUGUGGUGGGUGUGAGGCAACCGUAGCAGGUGCGCACACUUCCACAGCUACCUCUCUAUAUCCAGUCACCACCUACAGACAGGCUCCACCCAUCCCCACCCCUCCCCUCCUCAUUUAGAAUCACUUCUUGCAGAGGGCCAUAAUUGUUUCCAAAUAUUACUGGUCUGAUGACUUCCUCCUCCCGGUGCAAUUUUUCACUUCCUCUUCCAGCCUCUGGUUCCUGGGCAGAGCCAUACCCUGGAACUGGCCCAGUCUGCAUGUCUUCCCAGCAGAGGAGGACUCUGCAGACGGCAUCCAAGUGGGUGGCCAAGUCACAGCCGCCAUAGCAGAUGACUCCUAUUUAUUUUGCAUUAAGAUUUUAAUUUGUAUAUUUUUGUGAUUUAUUUUGGCAUUGUUAUGAGUUUGACUCUCGGGGAGUUUUGUUGUUAUGACUCUUGUGUCUUUUGUCACAAAACAAUGAUAAUAUUUGCUAAACAAUAUAUGGACUUUAUUUUUGAUUGGUAAUAAAAAAUGAAAUGUAUAUAAGUUUUGGUGAGC